AUGAAGACCAAAACUAGCCUAUGGAUCCUCGUGACGAAAGUAGCUAUCUGCAAAGCAGAUUUGGAUUUGGAUUUGGUUAACCUCGACUUCUACUUUGACAACUACAAGUCAGACGGGUACCAACCACGUCUGGGGAGCACUACUAGUUCAGCACAACCUAUCUCUCUUCAUUCUACGAGUAGUCACUCUGAAUUUUCAUUUGCGUCCGCUACCAAUGAGCCAACGCGGGACCGCACAGCCUGCCAGUGGAUGCUGGAGCCAUCUGUCAUUGAAGAACGCGUUCACAGACCAUUGGCUAAUCCUCAAGUAACCGGUUUAGCCACAACGGAGCCUAUGCUGAUAGAUCGACCCGUCCGAUCACACGGCGAUUUAGCUCUGAACAGUCUAGUAGCGGGGGCUCCAACCACUGCAGCCUCAGGCAACCGGGCUCCGGACAAGCCAGUCAGUCGGGUAACAAGCACUGCAAGUCAUUGGGUGGAAAUUACACCAGUCACUGCGAACGAAGUAUCCCGCAAGCGAUUAUCGAUGGGGACCCCCUUAGAUACCCUUUUCAGGCUUGACGAUGGCUCACGAAAGAGAAUGAAGAUGCCCACCGAUCUGGCUCAGAAGGUUCAAGAACGUCCAUCGAUUGAAGAGAUCAGAGCAAGUCAUUGGGUGGAAAUUACACCAGUCGCUACGAACGAAGUAUCCCGCAAGCGAUUAUCGAUGGGGAGCCCCUUAGAUACCAUUUUCGAGGUUGACGGUGGCUCAAGAAAGAGGAUGAAGAUGCCCACCGAUCAGGCUCAGAAGGUUCAAGAACGUCCAUCGAUUGAAGAGAUCAGACAUAAGGCAUCCGUUGGCGGCCAAGGCGAGUACGUAGGGACCAGUCGCAAGGAUAUGAUGCAAACGAUCGGCCAACAGAAUGCGCAGAUCAGCGAACCACAGGCCAUCGACAAGAUUCGCGUAUCUGAGGUCGAGGUGGAAGGCCUCAAUUUGGUUUUCAAUAUGACAGUCCUUGGUCAGAUCCUCAAAGACCAAUCCCCGAAAUUCUUCGGCGUACCGUGGAUGUUCGAAAAGCUAAUCAAGUCAGAAUCGAAUGACUCAGAUGAGGUACUCGUCAUCAAACCUGGAGAACAUGCGAUUUUUCAUGAAGCUUUCAAGGAGGGCUGGAGGCUUGCAUACAUAAAACCUGACCAAGAAUCCUCCACGCGUGACCUUAGCGCCACACCGUCGACUCUGGCUGCCGCAAAAUUGACAGAAAUCAACAAAAACUUGAUGGUCUGGCGAUGGCUGUAUCGGCGAAGACUAGGGAUCGACUUUGAAGUAUUACUAGAUAGAAUUCGGAGCAUCAUUGCCACCAAUCCAAAACCACCCGGUUUUUUUGAUGACAUGCCAAUUAAAAUGUUUGAAUUCUUUUUCCGUUACCUCUUCUUCGUUGAUAUGAUCAUCACCAUUCUACCCCAGCCUACGGAAACUGUGUUGAAAAGACAUGAAACAUUCCAGACUGCCGUGGAUACCUUUGAAGCGUAUACCAAAGAUCUCCUGAAGAAAAAAAUUUUUGAAACCGACAAAAUUGGAAAAGUGGCAUUCAUUUGGAAAUUCAUUGCAAAUUGGAUGGCAAAGGAUGUGAACUACUCCCGAGCCAAGAUGCUUUCACGCACAAAGACAAUCAAUGUCUAUGAGGUUAAUCGUGACUGGAAAAUAUUUUUCAGCCUGGUUUUUUCACACUCAAUUAUCCACUUCAAUCGAAAAUUUUCAAAGAUCUUCCACAACAGAUCUUAA